AUGAAGGUUUCACAGUCUCUAUCUCUUUUGCUCCUCCCUCUUACCGCGCUAGCCGCGCCAAUUCUCGAGGGCACUGGAAAUGUUAAAGCUGCAGCUGGAGCAUGCGCACCAAUGAUGCUUAUUUUUGCCCGUGGAACUACGGAAACUGGGACUAUGGGUACCGUGGCAGGACCUCCAUUAGUUGCUGCUCUUGGUAAAGCCGUUGGUGCUGGCAAUGUGGCUACCCAAGGUGUUCCAUACCCCGCCGAUAUCCCUGGAUUUUUGGCAGGAGGUGAUGCAGCUGGAAGCAAGAUGAUGGCUCAAAUGAUCACAACUGCCGUUACAAAUUGUCCCGAUUCCAAAGUCGUCAUGGCAGGUUACUCUCAAGGCGGUCAACUCGUACACAACGCUGCAAAAAUGGUUCCCGCAGCCACCAUGGCGAAAGUGAGCUCCGCUAUCAUUUUCGGAGACCCAAACAAUGGAAGUCCAGUCGCAGGCGUAUCAGCUGCAAAUACAAAAGUUAUCUGCCAUACCGGUGAUAACAUUUGCGCCCACGGAGAUCUUAUUCUGGCACCUCAUUUAACUUAUGGAAUGGAUGCCGGUACAGCUGCUGCUUUUGCUAAGACUGCUGCUGGUAUGUGA